ACUCUCCGGGAAGAGAUGGCGGCGGAGCGGGGCGCCCGGCGAUUCCUCUGCACCUCCUCCUCCUGCUCCAGCCUGCUGCUGCUGCUGCUGCUGCUGUUGCCGCUGCUGCUCGGGCGCCCGAGCUCCGCCGCCCGCAGCGGCUCCCCGCCGCAGUCCGCAGGAGCCAGUGUUCGAACCUUCACUCCAUUUUAUUUUCUGGUGGAGCCCGUGGAUACACUCUCAACUCGAGGCUCUUCCGUGACAUUGAACUGUUCAGCAUAUUCUGAGCCUUCUCCGAAAAUUGAAUGGAAAAAAGAUGGGACUUUUUUAAACCUAGCGUCGGAUGAUCGACGCCAGCUUCUCCCGGAUGGGUCUUUGUUUAUCAGCAGUGUGGUACAUUCCAAACACAAUAAGCCUGAUGAAGGCCACUAUCAGUGUGUGGCCACUGUUGAUAGUCUUGGAACGAUUGUCAGCAGAACAGCCAAGCUCACGGUAGCAGGUCUUCCAAGAUUUACCAGCCAACCAGAACCUUCCUCAGUUUAUGUUGGGAGCAGUGCCAUUUUGAAUUGUGAAGUCAAUGCAGAUUUGGUCCCAUUUGUGCGGUGGGAACAGAACAGACAGCCUCUUCUUCUGGAUGACAGAGUUGUCAAACUUCCGGGUGGAACGCUGGUUCUCAGCAACGUGACUGAAGGAGAUGGGGGACUCUACCGCUGCAUGGUGGAAAGUGGUGGGCCCCCCAAGUACAGCGAGGAAGCCGAGUUGAAAGUUCUCCCAGAUGCUGAGGAAACGCCAAACUUGGUAUUUUUGAUGCGACCUUCUUCCACUGUCCGAGUUGUUGGUCAGAGCGCAGUGUUGCCAUGUGUCGCCUCAGGACUCCCUAUGCCAGCCAUUAAAUGGAUGAAAAACCAGGAAACACUUGACAUAGAAAGCUCUGAAAGGCUGGUGGUGUUGGCGGGUGGGAGCCUGGAGAUCAGUGGUGUCACUGAGGAGGACGCAGGGGCUUACCUCUGCAUAGCUGACAAUGGAAACGAGACGAUUGAAGCUCAAGCAGAACUUGUGGUACAAGUCCAACCUGAAUUUCUGAAACAACCUGCUAAUAUAUAUGCUCACGAAUCUAUGGAUAUUAUAUUUGAAUGUGAAGUGACUGGAAAACCAACUCCAACUGUGAAAUGGAUCAAGAAUGGAGAUAUGGUUAUCCCGAGUGAUUACUUUAAAAUUGUAAAGGAACAUAAUCUUCAAGUUUUGGGUCUGGUGAAGUCAGAUGAAGGGUUCUACCAAUGCAUUGCCGAGAAUGAUGUUGGAAAUACACAGGCUGGAGCCCAGCUGAUAAUUCUUGACCAUGAUGUUGCCAUCCCAACACUACUUCCCACCUCACUGACCAGUGCCACUACUGACCGUCUAGCCCCAGCUGCGACGGGACCACUGCCAUCCGCUCCUCGGGACGUCGUGGCCUCUCUGGUCUCUACCCGCUUCAUCAAACUGACGUGGCGGACGCCGGCAUCAGAUCCUCAUGGGGACAAUCUCACCUACUCUGUGUUCUACACCAAGGAGGGAACAGCUAGGGAGCGUGUUGAGAAUACCAGUCGCCCAGGAGAGAUGCAGGUGACCAUUCAAAACUUAAUGCCAGCAACUGUGUACAUCUUCAAAGUUAUGGCUCAAAAUAAGCAUGGCUCUGGAGAGAGCUCGGCUCCACUGCGAGUGGAAACACAGCCCGAGGUUCAGCUCCCUGGCCCAGCACCUAACAUUCGAGCUUAUGCAACAUCACCCACUUCUAUCACUAUUACAUGGGAGACACCGUUAUCUGGCAACGGGGAAAUUCAGAAUUACAAAUUGUACUACAUGGAAAAAGGGACUGAUAAAGAACAGGAUGUUGAUGUUUCAAGUCACUCCUACACUAUCAACGGACUGAAAAAGUAUACUGAGUAUAGUUUCAGAGUGGUGGCCUACAAUAAACAUGGUCCCGGAGUCUCCACUCAAGAUGUUGCUGUUCGAACAUUAUCAGAUGUUCCCAGUGCUGCACCUCAGAACCUAUCGUUAGAAGUGAGAAAUUCGAAGAGCAUAAUGAUUCACUGGCAGCCACCAUCUCCAGCCACACAAAAUGGGCAGAUUACUGGCUACAAGAUUCGUUACCGAAAGGCCUCCCGAAAGAGUGAUGUCACUGAGACCUUGGUAACUGGGACACAGUUGUCUCAGCUGAUUGAAGGUCUUGAUCGGGGUACAGAAUAUAACUUCCGGGUGGCCGCUCUCACAGUCAAUGGUACAGGCCCAGCAACUGACUGGCUGGCUGCUGAAACCUUUGAAAGCGACUUAGAUGAAACUCGUGUUCCUGACGUGCCCAGUUCUCUUCAUGUCCGACCACUUGUCACCAGCAUUGUCGUGAGCUGGACUCCUCCAGAGAAUCAGAACACUGUGGUCCGGGGUUAUGCCAUUGGCUAUGGCAUCGGCAGCCCUCAUGCCCAGACUAUCAAGGUGGACUAUAAGCAGCGGUAUUACACCAUCGAAAAUCUGGAUCCGAGCUCUCAUUAUGUGAUCACCCUGAAAGCGUUCAACAACGUUGGUGAGGGGAUCCCCCUGUACGAGAGCGCCGUGACCAGACCUCACACAGACACUUCUGAAGUUGAUUUAUUUGUUAUUAAUGCUCCAUACACUCCAGUGCCAGAUCCCACUCCCAUGAUGCCACCAGUGGGAGUUCAGGCUUCCAUUCUGAGUCAUGACACCAUCAGGAUCACAUGGGCAGACAACUCGCUGCCCAAGCACCAGAAGAUUACCGACUCCCGGUACUACACGGUUCGCUGGAAGACCAACAUCCCAGCAAACACCAAGUACAAGAACGCAAAUGCAACAACUCUAAGUUACUUGGUAACUGGUUUAAAACCAAAUACACUGUAUGAAUUCUCUGUGAUGGUGACCAAAGGUCGAAGAUCCAGCACAUGGAGUAUGACAGCUCACGGGACAACCUUUGAGUUAGUUCCUACUUCUCCACCUAAAGAUGUGACAGUUGUAAGCAAAGAAGGAAAACCCAGGACCAUAAUUGUGAACUGGCAGCCUCCCUCGGAGGCCAACGGCAAGAUUACAGGUUACAUCAUAUAUUACAGCACAGAUGUGAAUGCAGAGAUACACGACUGGGUUAUCGAGCCCGUUGUGGGAAACCGACUGACACACCAGAUUCAGGAGUUAACACUUGACACGCCGUACUACUUCAAAAUCCAGGCCCGGAACUCAAAGGGCAUGGGGCCCAUGUCUGAAGCUGUCCAGUUCAGAACCCCUAAAGCGGACUCCUCUGAUAAAAUGCCUAAUGAUCAAGCCUCAGGAUCUGCUGGAAAAGGAAGCCGGCUGCCAGACCUGGGAUCUGACUACAAGCCUCCAAUGAGUGGCAGCAACAGCCCUCACGGGAGCCCCACCUCGCCGCUGGACAGCAGUGUGCUGCUGGUCAUCAUCGUCUCCGCCGGCGUGGUCACCGUCGUGGUGGUCGUGGUCAUCGCGGUCUUCUGUACUCGGCGCACCACUUCCCACCAGAAAAAGAAACGAGCUGCCUGCAAGUCAGUGAAUGGCUCCCACAAGUACAAAGGCAACUCCAAAGAUGUGAAGCCCCCGGAUCUCUGGAUCCAUCAUGAGAGGCUGGAGCUGAAACCUAUUGAUAAGUCUCCAGAUCCAAACCCCAUCAUGACGGAUACUCCAAUCCCUCGCAACUCUCAAGACAUCACGCCAGUUGACAAUUCCAUGGACAGCAAUAUCCAUCAAAGGCGGAAUUCAUACAGAGGGCACGAGUCAGAGGACAGCAUGUCUACACUGGCUGGCAGGCGGGGAAUGAGACCAAAGAUGAUGAUGCCUUUUGACUCUCAGCCACCUCAGCCUGUGAUUAGUGCCCAUCCCAUCCAUUCCCUCGAUAACCCUCACCAUCAUUUCCACUCCAGCAGCCUCGCUUCUCCAGCCCGCAGUCAUCUCUACCACCCGGGCAGCCCAUGGCCCAUGGGCACAUCCAUGUCCCUUUCAGACAGGGCCAAUUCCACAGAAUCUGUUCGGAACACCCCCAGCACUGACACCAUGCCAGCCUCCUCGUCUCAGACAUGCUGCACCGAUCACCAGGACCCCGAAGGUGCUACCAGCUCCUCUUACUUAGCCAGCUCCCAAGAGGAGGACUCAGGCCAGAGCCUUCCCACUGCCCACGUUCGCCCUUCCCACCCGCUGAAGAGCUUCGCGGUGCCAGCAAUCCCGCCCCCGGGACCGCCCAUCUAUGACCCUGCAUUGCCAAGCACACCAUUGCUGUCCCAGCAAGCUCUAAACCAUCACCUUCACUCGGUGAAGACAGCCUCGAUUGGGACUUUAGGAAGGAGCCGGCCUCCCAUGCCAGUGGUUGUUCCCAGUGCCCCUGAAGUACAGGAGACCACGAGGAUGCUGGAAGACUCCGAGAGUAGUUACGAGCCAGAUGAGCUAACCAAAGAGAUGGCCCACCUGGAAGGACUAAUGAAAGACCUAAAUGCCAUCACAACAGCAUGACGACCUUCACCUGGACAUGACUCCAAGCCCGGGCCUGGAAGUCUUGGAACUUAGCCUUGAAAACAAGGAAUUGUACAGAGGACGAGAGGACAGCACUUGAGAGCACAGAGUGAGCCGGCCAAGCAGCCGGGGCCUGCGCGCGGGGCUGGCUCCAGGCGCAGCCACCUACCUUCUGGUCAGCCUGGGUAAUGCCCGUGUCAGGGCAGCUUCCCUCAGCCUGCUGCCCACUGCAGGACUGGGCACCAUGGGCCAAAAUGGUGUGUCCAGGGAAGAAGCAAGAAGUGCAACCUGCCUUUCACGUUGUGGUCGGCAGCCGUGUCUUCGCGCUGCAGCUGCGUCGCGCUGAUGGAGUGCAGACAGUGGCAUUUGCGUAUGAUUUUGUGUCCCGUUUCCUUCACCUUCCCAGAAACACUAUCAACAGCCAAGGAGGUCCGUGAUGUCCUCCACAAGCGGUCCGCCCUCGGCUGCUUGUUCCAGUCACUUAAGGACAGUCGUCAACAGUGGGGGCUGUUCCAGGGGUUGGCUUGUUUUGGUUUUGUUUGUUUUUGUUUUUGUUGUUUUUUUAAUUCUGAGACAUCACAUCCUCUGCCAGCUGUUAAUCCAUCACUCUGAGGGGGAGGAAAUGUUGCAUUGCUGUUUGUAAGCUUUUUUUAUUAUUUUUUUAUUAUAAUUAUUAAAGGCCUGACUUUCUCCUCUCAUCACUGUGAGAUUACAGAUCUAUUUGAAUGAGA